CACAUAUCCCAGUUUCAUCCUAAACAAUGAGAUUUUGGGCAUUGGCAGUUUCGUCUUUGUUCUUGUCCUAUGUACUCCUUUGCAGUUGCCUGAGUAACAACUGCAAUGGUGGUACUACUAACGGUGGAGUCGGUGAUAUUAUAACGAAAGCAUUGUUUGAAAAGAUGCUUCCACAUGCAAACACGGAUAGUUGCCAUGCCAAGGGCUUCUACACCUAUGAGGCUUUCAUAGCUGCUGCAAAGUCUUAUCCAGCUUUUGCUACAACAGGCAGCGAUGAGAUUCGUAAAAGAGAAGUUGCUGCUUUCUUAGGCCAAACUUCCCACGAAACUACUGGUGGAACUGGGUGGAAACCAUCAGAUGGUCCAUAUUAUUGGGGAUAUUGCUAUAAUAAGGAACAAAACCCCCCUAAAGAUUAUUGUCAGCAAAGCACCAGGUACCCGUGUGCUGCUGGUCGAAAUUAUUGUGGUCGAGGUCCCAUGCAACUUUCUUGGAACUAUAACUACGGACAAUAUGGAGAAACCAUAGGCCGAAAGAACGAUCUUUUACAAGACCCUGACCAGCUAAUAAAAAAUGCUACAAUGGCUUUCGAGGCUGCUCUCUGGUUUUGGAUGACUCCACAAUCGCCAAAGCCUUCUUGUCACGAUGUGAUGGUCGGAAAUUGGCAUGGUGACGGAGAGGGCCGGCUUCCGGGGUACGGUGAGAUCACGAAUAUUAUCAAUGGUGGCAUAGAAUGUAACAAGGGUCAGAUACCAGAGGGAGAGGAUCGUAUUGGGUAUUACAAAAGAUACUGUGAGAUGCUUCGAGUUGGCUAUGGCGAGAAUCUUGACUGCUAUCAUCAGAAGUCCUAUGCGAUCGUACUCUUGGUGAACUCAAUGUAACUUUAUGUGUCAAAUGAUGGGGUUGUAAAAAAAUAGGUGCUUUAUGCAUUGAAAAUAAGAAAAGAGUACAACAGUGUUCUAGGCUACUUGACACUGUGUACUAUGUUUAAUCAUGUGAUGUUGUCGUGUUUAAAGUUCAUGUAAUGUAAGCUUAUUAGC